AUGCUAGCAUGUAAGCUGACCAGCGUCCUCACUAUGUUUUACCAACUUCAGAACCGGAAGAUACAAAAAUCAUGCCGCCUUAUCAGGAUGCUGCUCCUAGCACUGCUCCCACUUGUGGCUGCUAUGCCAUUUGACCUGCCAUCUGAGCUCGCUUCCUCUGUCACUUACGAUGAAGGCUUUGCACGCAACAAAAUGUUGCCGUUGGCUGCUGCUGCCUAUUCCUCCUCUCCGCAGCAGUGUCUCACAAAGCUCUAUAAAAACGCUCAGCUCAAGCGGCUCACAUCUGUCAUUUGCGACAUCACUUUGGUUGACCGAUGCACAGCAUUCACAGCUGUUAACAACGAUGAUAAAGCUAUCAUUCUGUCAUACAGGGGAACUGACAGAAACACCGAAUUGAUCAUGGAAGGUGAUGAGACAAUCUUCCAAAACCACACUACAUGGAGUGCUGGUGGUACCGUGUCGAAGUAUUUUGCUGAUGCUUUCAAGCGGCUUUGGAUGGAGGGAAUCAAGGAUGAUCUUGCUACACUUCAAUCUCAAAACCCUACUUAUGAACUUUGGGUUACCGGUCACUCUCUUGGAGGAGCGCUAGCAUCUCUCGCUGCAUCUUACAUCUCUGAUAGUAAAAUCUUUUCAGCAAAUAAGAUCAAACUUGUCACAUUCGGACAACCAAGAACUGGCGACAGGAACUAUGCUGCGAGCGUAGAGAAGAAAGUCCCAUACACCUUCCGUAUUACACAUGCUCAUGAUCUUGUCCCUCACCUUCCGCUCAUAGACCAGCAGGGAUUUUAUCACCAUAAGACUGAGGCUUACUACGACAAAGGCAUGGGCACUGGUGCACACUACAAUGUGUGCUACGACAUGGGCGAGAGCACGUUCUGCUCCGAUGGAAAUUUCAUCGACAAAUCUGUGCAAGAUCAUUUACAUUAUUUCGAAAAGGACGUCAGCGAUUAUGGAAUUAAAGGUUGCAAAUAA